GUCUUCGACCUUCACCGCCGAGCGCACUGGGGGCUGUUUGACUGUACAGUUUGUCUCAAGUAAUUUCAAGAAAACUGAGAGCUUGUCUUGGAUUCCUCCAAAGCCUAGAGACAUUUGUAUUACUGAUGUCAUCCUCCUAGACUGGAAUUCAUGUUCACCUUCUUCCAUGUAGAUCAAAUGAUGCUGUUUGGAAAAGUUUCCCAGCAGUUAUGUGGCUUAAAGAAACUCCCAUGGUCAUGUGACUCUAGAUACUUCUGGGGCUGGUUGAAUACAGUGUUUAAUAAAGUGGAUUAUGAACGCCUCAGGGAGGUUGGCCCUGACAGGGCGACGUCUGAGUGGCUGCUGCGCUGUGGGGCCAUGGUACGCUACCAUGGUCAGGAGAAAUGGCAGAAGGACUACAAUCACCUUCCCACGGGCCCUCUGGACAAAUACAAGAUUCAAGCAAUUGAUGCCACUGACUCUUGUAUCAUGAACAUUGGAUUUGAUCACAUGGAGGGCCUAAAACACGUUGAGAAAAUAAGGCUGUGCAAGUGUCUUUAUAUCGAAGAUGAGUGUUUGCAGAGACUUGGUCAACUUGAAAACUUACAAAAAAGCAUAUUGGAAAUGGAAAUAAUUUCCUGUGGGAAUGUCACAGACAAAGGCAUCAUAGCUUUGCGUCAUUUAAGAAACCUCAAAUAUUUGCUGUUAAGUGAUCUUCCUGGAGUGAAAGAAAAAGAAAAUCUUGUCCAAGCCUUUAAGACAGCACUGCCAUCUCUGGAACUAAAAUUACAGUUGAAGUAAAAUAAUAAGUGUCUUACUUCACUAAUAAGGAUCAUUUGAAAUUGUUGAUCCUAAACAACAACAACAAAUAUAAUCAUUAGAAGAAUCAUAAGGAUGCCAUAUCACGACAUCUUAGAAGUAGAGAAUCCAUUAUAUGUUAAAAAUAAAUAUUCAGACAUCACUCACUAAAGUUACUAAACUGGAAGUGAGAAUUUAUGUGCAUGAAUUCAUUUUAAGAAAAAUGCAAACUAGCCGCAUUUCAAUAAAUGUAUUCCUCAUUUAAUAUAGAACUCUUAUAGACAUCUUGAUGUAGAUAUCUAGAGUUCUUUAAGGUGGUUUAACCUGCAACUCUGAUAUCUUUAUUGUAUCAUGACAGUAAUUUACAUCUUACUUUAACGUUAAAGUUUGUGAAGUAUAUUACUACAAAUGCACAAUUAUGAAAAAUUGGAAGCAAAAUUACAGAUCCAGAGAUGGAGCCAAUUAUGCAAAAUAGCAAUGGUUGUUGAGACAUUCAUUUCAUAUUGCUUCCCAAGAUUUGCAAGCAUUUCCCAUGAUCCUGCAUUCCUGUAUUCUUGAUAGCAUACAUCAUUUUGCAGAUUGAACAGUUGCUGGUUAAUUUGUCUAUUUUGUAAGUUUAAGCUAAUGUUUUAAUAAAACUGGCCAUAGAUAUUUGGCUGAAUUCAGACAGUUUUGCUGAUUGCAACAGAAUACAGGAAACAGUCGUCAAGACCAGCAGGUCACACUUUGGUUUUUCUUAAAUUAAAAAAUGGCUUUAAACA